UAAACUAAACCCUCUCUUACACACACCGAAAAAAAAAAAAAAAAGAGGUCUCUGCAAAUUAUAAUGCUUGGAUACUUUGGCUAUGGCGGUGUUUAUGUUUAAUGAUCAAAAAGCUCUGUUUUUUAUGCAAGCGUGGGUAUAAAUCCAUUACCUUUCCCUAAAUUUUUUUCUCUUCUUCUUCUUCUUCUUCUUCGAUUCACUUCCUUUUUCUUUUUUUUUGUUUACUCCGUUUCUAAAAAAAAAGGUCACUCCUUUGCUUAUCUUUCUCUCUCUCUCUCUCUGCAGCUGAAGAACAGAGAAAAAAAAGGUUUUUUAGUAUCUGACCCAAAGGACCCAUAAAGCUUUUUCCUUUGUGUUAGAAAUUGAGGGAUAAAGAUUCAAACUUUGUUCAGAAAAAAAGUGGCACAGAUUCUGAAAACUAUGGGUGGUGGAGGAUUGUGUCUUUGUUCACUGUAUCUUCAAAGACGAAGUUGAAUGGUUUGGUUUGUAGUGGUUUUGAUCUUGGGGGAGGUUCUCUUUUGAUUGAUUAAGUGGUGUUGUUGUUGUUCAUCAAGUUUAGAAGAAGAUGGAUGUGAGUGAAGAGAAGAGGAAUCGUAAUAGUAGUAACUAUGAUGAUACGGUUGAUAAUCCAACUGUAGAUUGGCAAGUUUCGGGUUCUAAUCCGGUCUCUGCUUCGAUUGGUUCAUAUACUCAAGAGAAUCUGAUUUCAGCUUGUCCUUCGUCUUGUUCACCAUCUCAGAUGAUGGAUUCAUUUGGUCAAACUCUUUGGUAUGAUCCCACUAGUGUUCAGCAGGCUGUGGGUUAUGGUGGUGGUUUUAGUGUCCAGAACAGUGGUGGUAAUGCUUCGUCUUCUUCUUCUUUUAGGGGUAAUAUUGAUAGAUCUCUUGAAAUGGGUUGGAACCUGCCUAAUUUGUUGCCUCCUAAAGGCAAUAAUGGUCUUUUCUUGCCGAAUGUGAGUAGCUUCCUUCCUCCGAGUAUGGCUCAGUUCCCGGCUGAUUCAGGUUUUAUAGAGCGUGCUGCGAGGUUUUCGCUCUUUAGUGGUGGGAAUUUUAGUGAUAUGGUGAAUCAACCACUUGGGAAUCCUGAGUCUAUUGGUUUGUUUCUUCAAGGUGGUGGAACUAUGCAAGGGCACUGCCAAAGUAAUGAACUUGGUGAACCUCACAAUGAUGCGUCUAUAGUAGUGAAAGAACCAAAUGUUAGAUCAAGUGAACAAUCUAAACUGAAUGUUCCUGGUUCCGGGAAUGUAUCUGAGGAUACUCAGUCUAGUGGUGGUAACGGUCAGAAAGGUGGGGAAACCUCUUCUAAAGGCUUUGACACAAGGAAGAGGAAAAGAAAUGGGCAGAAUUCUGAAGCAGCUCAAUCGCAUAGAUCGCAGCAGUCUGAGGAAGAACCAGACAACAAGAGGAAUAAAGAGCAAAGUCCAAAUUCACCUGGAAAUAAGACAAACAGUGGGAAACAACAGGGAAAACAAAGUUCUGAUCCUCCAAAAGAUGGAUAUAUUCAUGUGCGGGCACGAAGAGGCCAGGCCACAAAUAGCCAUAGUCUUGCAGAAAGGGUUAGGAGAGAAAAAAUUAGUGAAAGGAUGAAGUUUCUUCAAGAUCUUGUUCCGGGUUGCAACAAGGUGACUGGGAAGGCAGUUAUGCUUGACGAAAUCAUAAACUAUGUACAAUCACUACAACGCCAAGUUGAGUUUUUAUCGAUGAAACUUGCAACUGUGAAUCCACAAAUGGACUUUAACCUUGAAGGUCUUCUUGCAAAAGAUGCACUUCAGCUACGAGCUGGUUCUUCAUCUACAACACCAUUCCCCCAAAAUAUGUCAAUGGCUUAUCCUCCUCUACCACAUGGAUUCAUGCAACAGACCCUUUCCAGCAUCGGACGGACCAUAAGUUCACCAUUGUCUCCUAUAAAUGGUGGAUUCAAGCGACAGGAAACAACUGGAUGGGAGGGUGAUUUGCAAAACGUGAUCCACAUUAACUAUGGAGCUGGUGAUGUCACACCCGACCCUCAAGCAGCAGCUACAGCAUCUCUUCCAGCUGCAAAUAUGAAGGUUGAGCCAUGAUAUUUCUUCUUGUUAGAUAGAAUAUGAAAUUAUUGUAAUCUUUCUAUUUAUUUUUAUUUAAAGUUACUAUGUACUAUAUUAUAAUGAUGCUAUUAACGAAUAUGAUACUACGACUACUAGUACUACUACUAAGCGUUUGAGAUUAGUGGAAGAAGAGUAUAAAUUGUGAACACUAACAAUGCAAAAUAAUAGUUUUGUAUAAGUCAUAAUAACAUUUUAGUUUGCCGUCUA